UCUAAUUCAUCUUCUCCGUACGAGGUCUUCACACCCAUUUCUCGUCGUUCUACACCUAACGAUAUCAGAAUGGACUUUGAUGGCCCCUAUCAGUUUGCAAGUACACCCACACCGCCUUCGGCGGUAGUGAUGCAUAAGUACAUGUACCCCGUGAAUCCCGUGAAAGCGGAGCACGAGCGUAUGUCUUUCUCUUCCUCGGACGGAACUCUUUCUCCUUCCACACCUCACAGAAAAAUGCACGGCGUUAUGUCCCACGAAUACAUGCUCGACGUCAACAGCAUCAACUCACACUCUAUGGGUUCCAUUUCCCCCUCAGGUCCAGUACAUGCCUACACUGAAGCACCUUUGCCAUCAACAUCCUACAGCAUCAUGACACCUACCCACAGCGUCUCUCCCUCGGAGAUUGUGGAGAGCAAUGGAACUACAUGGUGCAGCAGUGACAGUCCCAUCUUCUUCAGACCAAAGCAACAGUCUCCGCAGCACGUUGAGCCCUUGAACCUUCAUCAGCGAUACUCAGAAUCGCCGAUGGGACAGAGGUACAACAACUACCACCCGCUUUCUCAGUCCUCGCAUAGGCUGGCAAGUCAAAGAGGCCCGGCUUGGAAUGCUGCCGUCAUGACCAAGUCGGCUGAUCUCCAGGAGACGAUCCGGAUGCAAAGCAAGGUAGUGCCUGAAAAGAAUGACCCCGGCUCAUACGACGUUGUGCGAAAGGCAAUGUGCAAGUGUGACUACCCCAACUGUCACAAAGCUUUCCGAAGAAAUGAGCAUCUGAAGCGUCACAAGCAAACAUUCCACGGAGAAGGCCCCAACCGGUUCUCUUGCGAGUUUUGUGGAAAAGACCAGUUCAAUCGUCAAGACAACCUGAACAACCACCGCAAACUACAUGCCCGUCCCAAUAGCCGCAACCGCGGAGUUGAGUUCAUCGCCGCUGCGGUACCCGUCAUUGAGCAAGAGGAGCGAAGCCGUAAGAGGCGAGCACCUCCCAAGUCAAGA